AUGAGCAGUCAGCCGCGCACGAACCGGGGACCGCGGGACAGGAACGGAGACAGGAACGGAGACGGACGAUACCACAGAGACCAUGAGGACAGGCGCUCAUCCCCAGACAGGUCUUCAUCUCAUCCUCCUUACUACCCAAGAGACGCAAGACACCCUAAGAAUGACCCACGACUGGAGCACCGUGAAUCUGACUCCAAAUGCACCAACAUUUGCUCCAGGAGAGGCACUGUCCUCAUUUGUGCAGUCCUGACCAAUGCCCUGGUGCUGAUCUGCGUAAUAGCCUCUCACAUGGUGACAUCGGGCAUGUCCGCUGCUGCCGGGAUGGGGGGCUUCGACAUCAACUCCAACUUCAACCUCCAGGGAACCGAGCUGCAGAAAGUGCGUGAGCUGGACAUGCAGUACAGCCAGAUGAGGGCGCCAGCCCUCUACAGCGGAAUCCCUUUCAGCUUAACCUUUGGGGUAGUCUCCCUCCUUUUUGUAGUGUCUGGCAGUAAACCACCCCACCGAAUGUCCAAAAAGUUGCUUGUUGGAGCUCUAGUUUGCCAAGCUGUGGGAGCAGUUGCCUACAUUGUGGCCGUAGGACUGUACUUACAUUUUAUCAUCAGGGUCAACUCCACAGACGUGUGCCAGCAGCGGGAGAGGCUUUACGCUCGAAAUGGAUACACUUGGAUGAGCUGUGACGUGAGCGGUGCAGACGCAGCUGUGGCUCUGUUCGGGCUCAUCACAGCCAUCCUGUACACGGCCGGCACCGUGCUCACCAUCCAGACCAUCAGAACCGUGAGGCACUACCUGCAGGAGAGGAAGCGGAGACACGCGGACAGGUCCCAGCCACACGGCGCCCCGCUGAGGGCCGACACCACCGCAGUGUAA